GACACGGCCAUCGCCACCAAGAGGAAGUUGCAGCAGGCGUUAGGUGGUGCGUGCGUGCUCGGCCUCGGCAAGGGAAGGGGAAGGGGAAGGAGAUCCGCCUUGCCCUUCUUCUUCCUACUCCUCCUCCUCGCGUAUCACCAAAGCUCCGCGAGGAGCAAAGCCAAAGGCGCGGCCUUUAUUGAUUUCUUCCGUCCAAGGCCGGGUUCAUUGAUUGGGGAACCCAGUCCCGGAGAUGUGCCCGCUGCGGGUGAUUCUCAUCUUCCUCUCCGCCACCAUCGCCGGGUUCUUCCUCAUCAGGGGCCUCAACGCCGAGCCGGACCAAUUCGACGCCGACGCCGACGCCGACGACGACAAGGCCUCCGAGUCGGGAUCCCCAAGGGCGCCCGUGCCCCUCCAUUCCAAGCAGUCAAAACAGGAUUCUGGACAAUGGUGGACAUGGCAAGUGGACGGUACCUUUGGCGGACCCUUGUUGCACCGACGGCAAAAUCUGAAUCUGACAGGACCCGGUGAUGGAUGUUCAUAAGUUAUUUCAUAUUUUGCUGAUUCAGUGCCAUAGAAGGGAAGAUGGCACAAUCUUGUUGUGGUUACGUGUUGCUGAUUAAUGUGUAAUACGGCGGCAGUUGUAAAAUGGUGGUUUAAUACCCAUGAAGUCUUACAAACUAGUCAUUGACUGUGCGGUGUGAUACACUACUGGUUAGUUUACCUCAACUAUUUUACUUUCAAGUGCUGCGAAAUUCUUUAAUCAUUGUUCAUUAGCUCA